AUGUCUGGAGCAGACGCAUUGCCGGCGUUUGUGAUUCACGCCACCAGCUCACGGCCAUCGACAUGGAACAGCAAGACAACAUUAUCGCAGCGUCGAUUGGAAGGAUGCAAUACGCCAUCGCGGCUGGUGCACUACUCGGGAGAAACACAUCCGGCAUCGUCGUCUUGGCGUCUUUCUCGCUACGCUCCAACGUUCACAAAGGAUGAUAUGGAUGUGGAACACGACGAGAUGGAUGCAGACGAUGGUGAGAUGGGAGAUGUACGAAUUGCGGUGACUGGUGGCAGCAUUGCGUCUUCGCAUGUGUUUAUGAAGGGUCACGGUACGUUUUUGUCAGCGGACACGGACGAGAUUCUGUCUUCGAUGUGUGGGACGGUGGAACGCGUCAACAAGCUGAUAUCUGUGCGCCCGGCGCGCUCGCGGUAUGCGGCUGAAGUGGGAGAUCUGGUGAUCGGUCGGAUCACCGAAGUGGGUCCGAAACGCUGGAAGGUCGAUAUCAACGCUAAGACCGACUCUGCACUUCAACUGUCGUCGAUCAAUCUUCCUGGGGGGAUUCAACGCCGAAAGAUCGAGAGUGACGAGUUGCAGAUGCGAAGUUUUUUCCAGGAAAACGACCUACUGGUUGCCGAAGUGCAAAUGAUGUUUCAGGACAACUCGUCGGCUCUGCACACACGUUCGCUUCGCUAUGGCAAGCUGAGGAACGGCAUCCUGGUCACUGUUUCUCCAAACCUGAUCCAACGUCUGAAAUCUCACUUUGUCCAUCUCAAGCACGACGAGUUGCAGCUGGACGUCGACCUCGUCAUCGGCCUCAACGGCUACAUCUGGAUCGCCAAGCACUUUGCCUACACUCAGCCGUCCAACUCGUCCACAACCGCAACUGCCCCUGCCUCUGCAUCUGCAGCCGAUCAAACAGGCCUCGCAGGCUCCGGAAUCGGCAUGGACAUCGAUGCCACCUACUCGGACCAAAACGACGCGGACCUCUCAAUCAGCCUCCGUCGUCAGAUCCAACGCGUCGCAAAGUGCAUCCACAUCCUCAACACCUACCACCACCCCAUCUCCGACACCUCGAUCCUCGACCUCAUCCACAUCUCAGUCGUCUACAUCGGCCCCAUCCUCCAGCACCAAGAACAGCAAGACUGGCACAAGCUCCCCAGUCUCACCUCGCUCAUGGUCCAACAGCUGCAAUCCGCAUCAUCCCUCACAAGCUAG